AUGCUCGUCCUCUUCGUCUCCCUCUGGGCAUUCACCGAGCUCCUCGUGAUUCCGUCCUUCCGCCGCCACUACCUCCCCAAAUCCCUAACGAUCCCGCAGCAGAUCUGCCUCUGCCGCCUCCACGUCUCCCUCAAUCUCGGCCUCUUCCAGCCCAGGUUCCUCGUCGCCUUGCUCUACCUCGUCAAAAUCUCCGUCAAGAAGAGAACGCCGCGCGGAUCUCGCGCCGUCCUCUCCAUCUCCGCCACCUGCUUGCCGGCGCUCCUCCUCCAGCUCGUUUUCAUCUUCGGCGCCUCCUCCGGCCUCUUCUGCCUCCCGCCCUUCUUCAAUCAGAGCUAUCUCCUCCCCCGCAUCGUCAUUUCCCCCAACAACAAGAUCUCCAUCGCUGGGUUCACCCCUCUCGUCACCAUCUUCGUCGCCGACUUCUACACAGGGGUCAUCGACGCCGCCAUUACCGAGCAGUGUUACAAAGAGAAGUACCGGGAAGAACACCCGGAGGAAGUUGUGCCUCUGAUGACAAUUAUAAAAUUUAUGGUCUUGGAAUUGUUUUGA